UACGGCACGUCCUGACGUUGGCGGUUAAAAGAAAACUAGAACUGCCUGUAUUGCAUGUCAACUUGAGCGAUGGAGAAAGCAACAUAUAUGAUUUUGCACGAUCUUGAAUAUAACGUUACUUGACGGUAAACACAUGCGGUUAAAGGGUGAACAUGUCGCGUGUUACAGAUGACGUGAAAUAUAAAACACUUGUCGAGUGUAAAUACUGUGACCCCAAUGAAGUGCUUGAUGACAUCAAAGGUGUGUCGACGGAUUACCCAGACCUGCAGCUGUACGUGGACUAUUAUUUCUACCCCAACAAUGAUAAGAAGAAGUUGGUUUAUUUAGGCGGCACUGUUCCUGUAACAUAUGAAGGCAACAAGUACAACAUUCCCGUUUGCCUUUGGAUCCAUGAGACUCAUCCCAAAAACCCACCCAGAUGUUUUGUCUGCCCCUCACCCACUAUGGUGAUCAAUGCUAAAAGCAGCAAUGUUGAUGCAUCUGGAUGUGUUCUCCUCCACUGUCUCAGCAACUGGAAAAUUGGGUGGUCAAACUUGUCAAUAGUUCUGGAGGAAAUGAUUGCUGCCUUUCAGCGCGAACCUCCCCUUUUUGCCACUUACCCAAUCAGAGCCUCCUCACUAGUUGAACCAGUCCACCCGAGUCCUGUUACAUCAUAUGGCAGCUGGCCGCAUGCAGGCAACACGUUUGUGCAAAAUUCAUCUGCAGCUGAACAUGGAAUGACCACCUCACCAGUGACUCAGCAUGCCAGCAACACUUUACCCAAGAGUACAAAGUCCCGCAGUAGUCUGCCGCGGACCAGUAGAACUGACAUCGGUGAGGUUAGAGGACCAUACACACAGGAGUUACUGGAUUUCGGGAUCACAUUUGGAGCACAAGCUGUAGAGACUAACCACCAAACAAAUCCAUUCAUCUCUCCUGCCUCUGCUCCAACCCAUAAUUCUUCAGAUGUAAAAGAAGUAGAUGACCUGUUCAAAAGCCUUCAGUUAAAAAGAGUAGUCAAUGUUUACCAAAUGGACAACAAAGACAAAGAUGUUCUUCAUGGCGGGGUGCAGUGUCAUGAUUGUCCCCCUGACCCCAUGGCUCAGCAAAACUUGGUGGAUAAUCAUCACAGAUUGGUGGUGAGCAGACUUCCUGUGGGGGUCUCUCCAAGCAAGAUGAAGAACAAGCUAACCAUUUAUUUACAGAGAAAGCAGAAUGAUGGAGGAGAGGUUCUGGAUGUCAAAUAUCCUGCAGCACAGCCAGACCAGGCCUGGGUCCUCUUCAGAGACGCCACAGAUGCAGCGCAGGUUUUGAAACAGCCUGAAAGGGUGAUUACAAUUAAUGAGCAGCACUUUCAUAUUCAGCUGAAGAAGUUUGAAGAUAUGGAGAUCCCAGGUGGUGUCGAAGGUGAGAAAGCGGAAAUGUUCAAGAGCAUAUUGAGUCUGGACGGAAGCAAAUUUAGCCCUACAGAUGUAUUGGAGGCUGUGCAGUCGUGCCGAGACCUCCCCUCUGCUCUGAAAUAUCUCUCCCAUGACUGCCCUAUAUGCCAGGAGCAAGUAUCCGUAAACAGGAUGAUCACCAUGACACACUGUUCCUGCACGUUCUGUGAGAGCUGCUUUAAGAAAUACUUCUCCUCUGUCAUUAAAGAAAAGAGUAUAGUACAUGUGGUCUGUCCCCUAUGUAAUCUUCCUGAUGUGCGAGGAGGCCGAAGGGAGGACACAAUGGAGUACUUCAGUCUACUCGACACACAGAUCAGGUAUUAUUUAAACCCUCAGAUCCAUGAGCUUUUCCAAAGUAAGCUCAGAGAUCAUGCUCUGCAGGAAAUGCCCAACUUCCGCUGGUGUGCACAUUGCUGCUUCGGGCUUCUUCAUGAAGCAAACAGGCUGAGGAUGGACUGCCCAAGUUGUGGGAAAAGCACAUGCUUUAAGUGCAAACGGCCUUGGGCUCCACAGCAUGAAGGAAUCUCCUGUGAGAAGUUCAAAGAGUGGGAACAACUCAAUAGCCCCGAGUAUCAGAACUCGAAACUGGAGCAGCUUCUGAACAGGAACAAAAUAGACUGUCCCAAAUGCAAAUUUCGCUUCUUCCUGGCCAGAGGAGGUUGUUUGCAUUUCAAAUGCACUCAGUGCCAGCAUGCAUUCUGCGGCGGCUGCAGUCAGCCAUUUAAACAGGGCACUGCCUGUAAUUUUUCUGCUGAGUGUGGAGCUAAGGGCUUACAUGCUCACCACCCCAGAGACUGCCUGUAUCAUUUAAGAGAUUGGAGUGUUGUGAAACUACGGAACCUGCUGCGGCACUAUGGAGUUUCACACCCUAUGAUGUUCAGACGCAAAGGUACAACGCGGGAUCAUUCAAAAGAUAUUUGUGGUGUGAUGGAGUUCCAAGAAACAGGAGCUGCGAAAGAAGAGCCGUGUGGACAACCAUCUGACCCUGAAUAUAGUGGUUACUGCACGAUACAUUAUAAAGAAUGUCUGGUGGAGCUAAUAAACCAGAACGCACUGGACCCUUUGGUACUGUUCAAUGGUGAUGAGCUGAGGGCAGAGUUGUUCAGAUGGAAACUGACGGUCCCAUCGCAACAGCCUUCAGAGCCAGAUCAGCGGUACGAGGACCGGCUACGACAGAUUAUAAAAGAGAGGGUGGUUCUGAAUAGCAGUAAAGCAUCUGGACUGAAGACAAAAGCCCCUCCCACACCUUCCCCCUCUUCUCCUCCUGCAGCUGGAGCUCCAUGGUACUCAGUCUUGAGUCGAGCAGUUUCCGAGGACUCACAGCAUCUACUGCUGCUUACCGAUUGAAGAGGAUAUCUGUGCCCUGGACAUAUGCUGUUAUCAUUCCAUAUACUGAACUGCAUUUGGCAAGGAUGCAGAAUUUAUAUCUGUUUUUUCAAUACAAGCACUAAGAGUUCUAAGGCACUUAAAACUUGUGUAUUGUACUAAGUACUCCAUUCACGUUAAAGAAUGUGGCUUUCAAAUCUACAUUUAAUUCUCUUGGUAAUGAGUGUCAACUCAUAUUUAUAACUGUUGUUAGGUUUUUAUAUUCAUUUUAUAUGAAGUCGCCUACACAGCAUAUGCAUUUUACUGAGCACAAGUUUGCACAUGGCGGUUGUGAAUUGGGUUUUGGCAUUAUCUGUAAGGGGCGUGAAAGGUUGUGUUGCAGAUUAUUAUUAUUUUUGUGUGAAUAACUGAAUAUAAAACAUUAUUUUCUAA